AUGUCCACAACCACCUCCUCCACGGCCCCCCGGCCCUCCGCGUCAAACCUCACGCGUCUCUACCUCCUCGCCUAUAAUACCAUCAGUUUCGGUCUCUGGGCCAUCUGCACCGUCCGCGGUGCGAUGCUUGCCCUCUCCUUCGCCCCCUCCGGCCACCUCCCCGCCGUGUUCCACCACGUCUAUUCCCCGCUGCUCACAACCACCCAAUCGCUCGCUUUCCUCGAGGUUCUGCACAGUCUGCUGGGCAUCGUGCGUGCGCCCGUUGUCACGACCGCCAUGCAGGUCGCCAGCCGGCUGCUGCUGGUCUGGGGUGUGAUGUAUCUCUUCCAUGACCGUGGCGAUGGGCAAGGCGGCAUUGUUGGCGGGGACUUCCACGAGGCGCUGCCUCAGGGUCCCGGGGCAAAGGUGGGCGAUUAUGCGUUCAUGGGAUGCUUGAGCGCGUGGGGAAUCACCGAGUGUAUCCGGUAUGGAUUCUUUGCGUUGCAGGUCUGGGGUAGUGGGGUGCCGAGUUGGUGGACUUGGUUGAGAUACAACACCUUUUAUGUCCUUUAUCCCCUGGGCAUUAGCAGCGAGUGCGUCAUGCUUCUCAAGGCUCUGAAGCCCGCGGCUGAGUGGCAUCAUCUGUACCGGUGGUUCUUGGUUGCAAACCUGGUGAUCUAUGUUCCUGGCUCGUAUAUUCUUUACACGCAUAUGAUUGCGCAGAGACGCAAGGUCCUCAAGAAGAAGGGAAGAGCCGCGUAG